GGGCGCUGUGGUUGCAGCAGCGACUGUUUAUCUUUAGGUGACAAGAUGGCGGAGUUACAAGAGUCAAAAUCGGGUUCUUGUACUUUUUUGUUCAAAAAAUCUUCUAAAAAAUUCUCCGGACGAAAGAGAAAAACAAGCGACAGCGAUAAAGACGGCAGCAGCAAUGAGGAUCAGAGCUCUGUGGUCAGAAAAGAAAAGAAAUGCACUCAAGCAAACCCGAUGAUUCAGAAGUCGAGGAAAGUGGAGAGAGACAUCGCAUCAUCCAGUGAUGAUGAGCAGGACAAAGAGGACAAGAUCACGGUUGCUUAUAAGUCCACCCGGUCAGCAAAACCAGAGGGGCCAGAGGACAUGGGUGCCACCGCUGUGUAUCAGAUGGACACAGAGAGGGACAAGGACGCCCAGGCCAUCUUUGAGAGGAGCCAGAAAAUCCAGGAGGAGCUGUCAGGUAAAGAAGACGAUAAAAUCUACCGCGGCAUCAACAACUAUCAAAAGUUUAUCAAACCAAAGGACACGACCAUGGGCAACGCAUCCUCGGGUAUGGUCAGAAAAGGACCAAUCCGGGCCCCUGAACACCUGAGAGCCACAGUCAGGUGGGACUACCAGCCAGACAUCUGCAAAGACUACAAGGAGACCGGUUUCUGUGGAUUUGGAGACAGCUGCAAGUUUCUCCACGACAGAUCAGACUACAAACAUGGCUGGCAGAUUGGGCGGGAAAUGGAAGAGGGCAGAUACGGCGCCAAUGAUGAGGAGAAUUAUGAAGUGAGCAGUGAUGAAGAAGACUUUCCCUUCAAGUGCUUCAUCUGCAGAGAUUGCUACAAGAAUCCCAUCGUUACCAAGUGCAGGCACUAUUUCUGUGAAGCUUGUGCGCUUCAGCAUUACCGCAAGUCCAAGCGCUGCUACGUGUGCAACACACAGACCAACGGUGUCUUCAACCCUGCUAAAGAGCUGAUGGCCAAGAUAGCCAAACGUCAAGCAGCAACGGAUCAACCACCAUCAGAUGAGGAGGAGGAUUAGCAUGUCCCCCCCCCACCACCACUUUGUGUUUGCGUUAUCUGUAGAAAUUUCUAAUAAAAUACAAUUUUUGUUUUUAAGCUGCUGCCUUAUUUUUGGUACAGUUCUGUUUUAAACAUCAAAGCAAACAGUGUUACGUAACAUUUUAACAUUUGUAACUCUACGUGCUGAUGCAACAUUCACUACGGAUGUGCGACAUCGCGUCAAAA